GGUUGUCGUAGGCUUAACUGUUGUUAAACGUCUCAACUCCCGCUCUCAGUUUGCCGUGUGUGAUCAACAUGUAUGGGCAGCGAGGCAAUGCCUACCAAAAUAGUGGUGAUAGAGGUGGAGGAGGCUGGCGACGAGGAAGAGGCAGAGGAGGCUGGCGAGGAGGAAAAGGCAGAGGAGAAGGGGGAGGAGGUGGAGAGGAAGGAAGGGGAAGGGGAAGAGGAAGUCGUAGAGGUGGACGACCACCAGGACUUAAGGGCAAAGAAAUUGGUCUCUGGUACGCUAGACGAGGUAGUGAACGUCGGGAAAGGGAAGAGCAAAAUUUACCAUCAAUCUCUAUGAAUGACAACCAAUUAAGAGAUGUGGGUCGUAUACUAGACUCUUUUGAUGGGGGGAACAACUUGGCAAGGAGUGCUCCAAAGAUGGAAGGUGCAGGAUCAGCCAUACAGUAUACUGAUGACUUGAGUCAGGAAUGGGACCAGCGUAUCUCAUCCAUUAUAAAACUGGAGUUUGAUAAUGGGGUAAAGAUAGAGGCUGGCUGCAGCAAUAAUGACAUUGACGAGAUUGACCAUUUCUCCAACCCGUACGCAUGGAUGCAAGACAACAAACAAAAACGUAAAGCUAAUGUACCUAUACCAGGUGAGGACAAUGAGAAGAGAUCUCGUGGUGACACCUUCACACAGAGACUGGAGAAUAUCAGUGAAUCCGACUUCAAGCAAGCGUAUAUGGCCAAUGUGUUUGGAAACCUGAAGCGGGAUGCUGGUGGUCUUCAUGCUCUAAAAGGAAAACAAAUAGGUCUACCACGGAUAGAAGUCAUGGACAACAGACUUUAUGAAGACAUGUUAGAACAGCAAAAUAGUAAGGCAUACCAAGAGAUGUUGAAGGUUCGCAAAAGAUUGCCGUCUUACAAGAUGAAAGAUGAAAUUAUCGACACGAUCCAAGAAAAUCAAGUGGUUGUACUGAGUGGUGAGACAGGUUGUGGAAAAACUACUCAAGUAGCUCAAUUUAUUUUGGAAGACGCUAUUGCCGAUGGCCAUGGAUCUACAUGCCACAUUGUUUGUACGCAACCCAGACGUAUUUCUGCCAUUUCUGUUGCACAGCGUGUUGCUGAUGAACGUGGUGAGAAAUUAGGCAAGAGCAUUGGUUACCAGAUUCGACUAGAAGCGUAA